AUGCUCUAUUGCAUCAACCUUAUCCACGGGGGCCUGCUCGCCGCCGUCCUGGCAUUUCUGAUGUGGAGCCUGCCCGGCGCGCUGGGCAUGUUUGGCCUGUCCAUCGGCGUCUCCAACGUCCAGGAUACUCUACCGCGGGCGGCAUACGCGCUCCUGUCGGGCCUCAAUGCCGCCACGGUCGGCGUCAUUGCACUGGCGGCGGCCGAGCUCUCCGGCAAGGCCAUCACCGACCGACUCACCCGGACACUGGUCUUCCUGGCGGCCACGGCGGGAAUGCUGUACAACGCGCCGUGGUACCUGCCCGUCCUCGUGGUACUGUCGGGCUGCGCCACCGUCGCACACGACCACCGCUGGCUUCACCGGCCGGUCCGCAGCGUGAAGGGCUUGUGGGCGAGGCUGAGGGGACGCGUCGCCGGUGAAGACGGCGGCGUUGCCGGCGAGCACGACGUCCCGCCGGCGGAGGACCCUGAGCCUCGCACCGUCCCGCGAGAAUACCGCCUCGACUUCUCCUGGAAGGUCGGGACGGCAAUCAUCACGGCAUUCCUCCUCACCUUGGCCGCCGUCACGGUCCUCCGCGGUGUCUUGCGCAGUCCGCCCAUGCUCCUCAAGCUAUUCGCAAACUUGUACCUCGCGGGGACCAUCAUCUUUGGCGGAGGACCAGUCGUCAUCCCCCUGCUGAGAGAAUACGUCGUCGCCGAGGGAUGGGUCAGUCCCCGCGACUUUCUCAUCGGUCUCGCCAUCACCCAGGCCUUUCCGGGGCCAAACUUUAACUUUGCCGUCUUCUUGGGUAGUCUGGCCGCCAUCAACAGCGAGCAUUCUCCCGUGGCGGGCGCCACACUCGGCUUCCUGGGGAUAUUUCUCCCCGGCAUUAUCCUUGUGCACGGGACCAUGGGCGUCUGGAGCGCCUUGCGGAGCAGGCCGUGGGUGAAAUCCGCGCUGAGGGGCGUGAAUGCCGGCGCCGUUGGGCUGAUCUACACGGCCGUGUAUCGGAUAUGGCAGGUGGGUUAUAUCGAUGGAGGGUUCCAGUCGGGGAAGAGCCUCGGUGACGACCCGUGGUGGGUGGUGGUCGCGGCUACGGCUGUAUACUUGGUAACAUAG